ACGUUGGCAAAUGUUUUUAUGAGACGGAAGGUAGUUUACCGUAGUUAAUGUGUUGGUUGAGAGAUUAUUUUAAGGGGAAAUGCACCAAUAAAAGUAAGUUUAUUUGCCGUUUAAGACUGAACCUCCUUUUGUAUUUUUGUUUGGUAACUAAAGAAGAAUUCUUUUAUCCUUUCGACAAUGCCAUAGCCAUAGGCCUAAUCGUAAUUAUUUCGUAGGCAUAUUAUAACUGAUACUUGUAAUUGUAAUACUUAGCAGCUUGGCCUGUAGUAUAACUUAACCACUAGUCCUAAAGUAUCAUUAUAAAAAUAAGGUAUACCAAAAAUAAAAGUAGUUUACCAAAAGUAGUUCUAGUAAUUAAAAAAAAAAAAAUUAUUUGUGCGCUUAAUUAUCAAAUUAAUAUAUUUAAAUUUUAUAUAUAAUCAGGACUCCAUACUUAAUUAUUUCAAGACCUGGUACUGAUUUUUCCUGACAACCAACGAACAAAAUUGAUAAUAAUAAAAGCAGAAAGUCUGAGAAAGUGAAAGGCCCUACACUAACAUCGCAGAUCCCAAAUUAAACUUUGAGCAACUGUGUAGCCUUAAUUUUACACUUAUUGAUUCACGAGACUAGUUGAUCUAAAAUAUAGUAUAUAUAUAUAUAUAUUAUAUAUAUAAUAAUAAUAAUAUAUAGGGAUAAUUCGCAUCCCCAUCUCAAUUACCAAAAAUAUUCAAAUACCCAUUUUUUGGUUAAACUGAGAAUAAACAUGACUUACCGGUGUAAAUUGUGUGAAUUUUUGAUGGAUGAAUAGAUCCUAACACAUGUGUUUUGGGAAAUAAGGCCCAUGGAGGCCCUUCAGACACCCCUGGCAUAGAGUUCUACUCCUUUUCCAGCCCCCAGGGUACUUUUCGAUUGCUACAGACAGAGCAGUCCUUUUCACCAUUGUGUACCCAAUUAGGGUUUAUUUUAUGUAUAUAUACACAUAUAGACUGAAACGAAGUCUUUGUUAAAGGAGAAAAUAAUUACAAGUAUUUAUUGAAUAAGGGCAUUUACAAUUUCCUAUGUAGUGCACUUUUGGUGAUUACUAUAUAAAGUAUAUAUACCAAAUGGGUCAUACCAUUGUAAAUGUAUAUUAAUGAAAAACAAGUGUCCCUAACAUAAUGACAUUGUCAUCAUUAUUAAUGCUAUAUUGCUCAAGGUUUUAUGUUCAAUCUUUGUGGACUUAGCCUUUAUAGUUUCACUGAUGAUCUCAGUGGAUCACAAAGUGUGGGAGUUCCUUCUGUUCCAGAAGCGUGUCUUCGGAGCUGUUCCAAGCGUAGCGAAGUUGGAGUUCCCGGUUGUAGAUUCCGUGGGAUCUCUGCGAUGGGGAAGAUGACUCUCCAGUGAUAAAUCGUGGGUGUUAAAUCCCUGGAUCUCGAGGUCCUUCUAGUAGCCAUAGGUAGUUUGGUGUAGAACGUAAAUCAAUCCCCUCGUUCCAGCUUCAAGGUAAGUCGGUCCAGUAGUAGUAACCAGGCUAAAGGCAAAAUGAUACAAAAUGGAUAAGUGUCCCAUUCCAACAGUGGGGUAUUAUUUUACAAGGGCGGAUUUACGGUGGAAGAAUUUUACAAUGUCCAGCCUCAAAUCAUCACAGCAAGGCACAUUGCACUAUUUUCUGCCGGCUAUUGUGAAGUCUCAACAUCUAAAAAUCUUAAACAAAUCUGUAAUACUUUUGACUAUUGCUAGCAUAAUUAACUGAAGAAUUAUGUAUAAUUAUAUCUAAAUUGCUAUCAAAUUAUUCAAAUUCAUCAUUGAAUUCAAUUUUUUACAAAUUUUUUUUUUUACCAGUGUAAAAAUACUCAAAAUUUCAGAGAAUUUUAUAUUGUGCACUAUUGAACUCAGCAUAGCAUGGUGACAUUAGCUUAUUCUAAUAUUAUAGAAAAUAUAACCUGUUAUGGAGAUAAUAAUAACAGGCACUUUGUGAUAAUUUCCACUUGCUAUAGCGAAAACUCAUCACAAUUCAGUAUUUUAAAAAAAAGUAUUUAUGUAAUGAUGUUUACAUUUCUUACAUCAUUAAAAAUUUUGAGACGUAUUUAUUUGCUAUAUAUUAUACUCUUACCCUACCAAUUUUUUAGCCCCUAAGCUACAAUUAUAUUUUCUAUAAACAUGGCUUUAAAUUACCAAAUCUAAAUUAUCACUAAUUAAAUCAUUAUUGUUACUAAAGGAGUUAAUUGACGGCUGAUUUCUACAUGAGAAUAAUACUUCAGAUGUCAUUAGUUUUUAAAAAUGUUAAAAAGCUGGGCCUACACUACCACUUUUUGUGCCUCUAAACUAAAUAAAAUAUCUCUAAAAGUUGUGAAAACUUAAUCUUAAAACUACAAAAAAACCUCUAAAUGCCAUUUUAAAUAUAUUUUAUAUUUUAACAGAAUUUGAUAUACUGAUAUCUUCAUUAAAGAUGUACCUGUAUCCAAACUUUUGCCUUUGUUUUGUUUUCUACUAUAUUAUCGGAAAUCAUAGAACAAGGAAUUCUUUUAUCUAAGAAGAAUCUCUUAACCGUUUUUUACAUCUGUAACAGCCUUGAGUGACUUUUUUAACAGAAAUGUUAUUAAUCUCAUAACAUAUACAGUAUACACCUACUUUACUUUUCGCAAAGUAAAGACACAAAUAUAUUUUCAUUUAUUUAGAGAAAAUCUUUUCAGUUUGUGUAAAAUGAUUAAGGUUUGAUAUUCAUGGGUAUAUUUAUGUAGAUGUAUCUAAUCUAUGUUUUGUUAAUACCAUUGAUAUUUUUAAUUGGUGAACAUAUGUUUAUUUGGAAAAAGAGAAUGUAACAUCUCUUUUUCCCAACUGUAAUAUAAUUGGAUUUAAAGAUAUUGUCAUCCAUGUAAAAAUGUACAUACCCUAUGUCCUAAUCACGAUAUAUAUGUACCUAAGAGGGUUAAUUAUUUAUCAAAUUUAUUCAAGUAUCAAACACACACACCCCCACCCCCCCAUAUACUUUAAAAAAUUAAUAAAAUCAUCCAUUGGAUUGUAAACCCCCUCCCUCGUAUGCAAACACACAUUUUUUGCACUUCAUGUGGUUUGUUCUUACUUGGACAAGUGAUAAGUGCAUUAGUGAAUGUUAUUUGGCCUUGACUUAAUCGGCAAUUUUUUAUGAAAAGGUUACAUUUUUAUUACCUUAUAAAUUUAAUAAAAGUAAAUUUGAAGAAGUAAAGAAUGAAAAAAAAAAAGUAAAAACUUAUUAAAUGUUAAAUACAAAGGUACAAUUGUUUGCCUUGUAUUAAUAAUUUAAAAAGCAAUCAAUUAUAUUCAUUAAUUUUAUUUUUAAUAAGGGGAAAAUACGUAAUCAGUUUUGUCACAUGAGAUUAUUAAAUCAAAGAAACUUAGAGCUUUGGCUAAAAUAGGUAAUUGGUGUCAUUUGAUUGUUUAAUUAGAACAAUUAAUUGUAAUUUUAUUUCCCAAUAUUAACAACGCACUAAAAAAUGCACUAAAAAACAACAGAUGUUUGGGUUUUCUCGAUAAAUGUGAUUAAGAUGUAAUUCUUUGAUCAUAAUUUUUUUAUAAAUAAGUUUUUUAAUAACUUUCAAACUCUGAUAAAAUGCUUAAAAUAAUUACUUUAUUGUUAUUUUAAAUGUAUGUGUAAUUUAUAAUAAUAAUACUUAAACAUUUACUAAAAUAAAAGCGGAUACAUUAAAUUUUUUUGUAUUUAAAUUGGUUCGCUCUCCGUAAAAUUAUAGAAAAUCACUUUCAUUGUUUUUAAGAAUCCGAACAUAUUUUUUGGGCGUUACGUCAGCCUAGCUCAUACUUAUAUGUAUAUUUACAAUAAAAUAAAGCAUGAUAUUCAAUUUUAUUACUUAAGAUUGUUUAAAACAUAGUUUUGAAAUAAAAAAUAAGUGGUCACUUUUUUUCAAACAGCUGAUGAUCUACUUUAUCAGGUUAUCAUAUUAUUGUGUCAUUGACCUUCUAAAGUUAUCUGUUAAAGGUUUACUGGUUAACGGUUAUAAAUAGGCUGUUACUAAGCUUGUGUUAAUCACUACUGAAAUAUUUUUUGUGGGGAAAAGCUAUUUUAUUGAACUAGCUUGAUAAACUGAAUUUCCUGUUUCAUUUUAACAUUGUAAUGUAACAACUUUUCUUAAUUAUUGUAAACAGUUGUUUUUUAUGUUUCGGAUGGGGGGCUGGCAAUUAAAUCACCCAUCUUUAUAGCACCGGUAAUUGUUUUAAUGGUUUAGGAUAGCCAAUUGUUAUAAAACAACAUGAAAAUAAAUAAAUAGGCACUGUAAUAAAGUUAUCUGAUGUUCAUAUCAUUAUGUCAUUUAAAAUAAAGAGCAUUCAGUUUUAUAUUUUAACAUUCACAUAUCUGUAAUUUAAUAUUACAUUUCUUUAUUCGAGGCAACCUAUCUUACAGUCAGCUUUUGUGAGCCUCUAAAUCUGUUGUUAUUCUUACAGCCAGAAAACAUUAAAUAUAACUAAAAAGAAAGUUAGGCAUAGAAAUAUUGCAUAUUUUACAAUCGUUGAUCCUUGCUCACUUGGUGUGGGACAUCACAUGACACAGAUAGAUCGAGAGCUUAGUUCCGGUACAUAUUUAAUAUGAAUAAUUAAAAUUUAUCAUGAGAUGGAGCUUUGGUGGACAUCUAGCUCAACUGUCUCAAAGCGAUGAGGUAGCGGAAUCUGAUUGAUCUAGGGUCGUUCCCAGUAAUAGGAUAAUAGCCGAGUGGAAUGGAUUCAUCUCCUCAUCAGACCAGCCAUUCUUGGGGAGGAUGAGCAAACCCUGAGCAAAGAACCUCAGUUUGUAACUCUAAAGACAGUAUACGCUAAUUUAUUCAAAAUUUCCUUUUAAAUUAGAGGCCCUUAACAUUAGUCAGUAAAGACUUUUGGGUCCAUGUAUGUAUAUCAUGGAGAACUUUUUUUUCUUAUACUUGCAGCUGAAAGAAACUAAAGAUGUGUUUACUGCCAAACAAGAUGUGUUACUAUUUGUGUUUUUUUGUACCCUUGUCUGUUUUGUUGGGCAUUCCACACAGUGUUGCUGAUAUAAUAGUGGUAAAGUUUACAUUUUUUCAAUCCUUCUUUAAAAAUGAUAGGGUAAAUUUAUAAAUAUUAUUUAUCUCAGAUAAGAAACUAAAAAAUGUUUACUUUGGACACACAAAAAAAAAAAGUUUACAUUUUUUCAAUCCUUCUUUAAAAAUGAUAGGGUAAAUUUAUAAAUAUUAUUUAUCUCAGAUAAGAAACUAAAAAAUGUUUACUUUGGACACACAAAAAAAAAAAAAUCCACAUCUUUAAUGAAUUCUAUGUUUUUUUAUUGUCAGUCUUUUGUAGAAUCUCUGAUUCAUUGCUUGUCAAUCUAUGAAUCUUUUUUUUUUAUUUUUUAAAAUUGUUUGCAGCUUGAUCAAGACUCCAAUGAAACCAUAGCAAGUUUUAAGGAUAGGACUGCCAGCUUUGGGCCAGAUUUUCCAGAUGAUGGGCUUGAGGUACAGCAAUUCAUUUCUUUACAGUGUAUUUACUGAUCCCUCUAAAUAAGCCAUUGACUUUUUCUUUCUCAUGCUCAUGAUCCCUCUGGGAAGAAGAGCUUACUAUUUAAUACUGCCAGCUGAGUUUGUUAUUACCCCUACUAUUAAUUGAAGGAGCACGAGAGAUGCCAAUAUAGAAAUCAACAAAUGGUAGAUCAUCGCUGAGCACUGUUCGAAGGAAUGUCUUAAGCAGUCAAAAAAGGCAGAAGAUGCGUAAAAUAAAGUCCUUGUAAAAAAAGGGGGGUGGCAUUACGGAACCAAAUUUAACCAAGGUUCCCCUGCGAGAUAUGCAACUGAGACUGCCAUUCCAGGAUCAGCCUAUUAAGCCAUUUGAUGAAGUGUCAAUAUCUACUCUGACGGAAGGGUACAAUAUAUAUAUAUAUUGAAUUAUGACAGAAAAUUCUUCCAAAACUCCUGUGUCCUGACAAUUUCAUGAUGAAUUUGCACACUGCGAAGGCAAAGUUUAAAAAAAAAAAUGUUUUUUGAACAUUAACUGAAUGCAGGCUGUUAUGAAAUAGAAGGGACCCAUCUUUAACAUGAUUUACAUAUUAAAUUAUGUGAACAGGUUUUGACAUGUUGUUAUUGUUUCAUUCCUCUUUCAGGGAAAGAUAGUCCCAGCAGAGCCGCCUGAUGCCUGUUCCAGGCUGACAUCUCCCCCAGGCAAAGACCUAUACAUCCUACUUGUGGCCAGAGGGGGGGGAAAUUGUCAUUUUGUUGAUAAGGUAAUGGAGAAUAUCUAUCUCAUAAAUAUUGUUUGGAAUUUUAAAUGUUGAAAACACAGGAGUUAGGAUGUGCUCCACAAAAAUGUAUGCAUUACUAAGUCCAUGGUUCUGUCAGUAGGUAUCGCUAACAAGACUGUGAUUAUUUGUUGUGGGAAUAUGAACCUGAUGUAUUUUAACUCUUCAGGUUCUAAAUGCCCAGGAAGCCAACUACAGUGCUGUCAUUGUGCACAACCACAAUGGUGAUGAUGAGCUUGUUGACAUGGGAGGAGACGGUGAGUCUUUUCCCUUCAAUAUUCAAUUAUGAUAUUUUUAAAAUUUUGUUUUAAAUUUAAAAUUAAUUUGCCCAAAAAAAAUAUCAUGCCUAAAGCAAUCUAAUUUAUGCAUUGCUUUUAAUUUUAAAGAGUCAUAAUUUGCUUUUAAAAAGGAAUGAAAAAUAUUUAAAUUUUAAAAUAAAUGGACAGUGCAAUAAUAGGUUUGUGUUUGUCAAUUUUAAUAUGCGUGGACAGUGCAAUAAUAACUGUGUUUUUUAUACAUGGACAGUGCAUAAUAACUUUGUGUGUGUUUUAUAUACAUAAGCAGUGCAUAAUAACUUUGUGUUGUUUUUUGUAUACAUCACGGACAGUGCAAUAAUAACUUUGUGUUGUUUUUUGUAUACAUCACGGACAGUGCAAUAAGAUCUUUGUGUUGUUUUUUGUAUACAUCACGGACAGUGCAAUAAUAACUUUGUGUUGUUUUUUGUAUACAUCACAGACAGUGCAAUAAUAACUUUGUGUUGUUUUUUGUAUACAUCACAGACAGUGCAAUAAUAACUUUGUGUUGUUUUUUGUAUACAUCACAGACAGUGCAAUAAUAACUUUGUGUUGUUUUUUGUAUACAUCACGGACAGUGCAAUAAUAACUUUGUGUUGUUUUUUGUAUACAUCACGGUCAGUGCAAUAAUAACUGUGUGUGUAUGUUAUAGGGAGAGGUCUGAGGAUUCCAGCCACAUUUGUUGGAUUUAAUGAUGGUAUGGCUCUAAACAAAAGCUACAAUUAUAAUACGUAAGUAUGAGUACCACUAGAGAUGUCUUUGAAUUUUUAAACACUAGUAUAGUUUGCCAGAUCCCAUAGACUCAAAAAACCUGUAAGAACUAAAGGAUAUUGUUCUAUUUGCCACAUUGUGUUAAUGCAUGGGAUAAUAACAUAUUUGCAGGCCCCCCCGCCCCCCAACCCCUUCCCCGAUAAAAUAUGGCCUGUACAAAAACUGGUCAGGAAUCCCAGUGUUAAUGUUUUUUAUAAAAAUCUCUUUGCUUCUAAACCAGUGGUUCCCAAAGUGGGUGGUUUAACUACAGGCUAUGAACAGAUAAAAAAAAUUCAUUUAAUGUUUUAUCAUUCUCACUGCUCGUAAGUAAAGACAGAUGAGACCUUAAUGUAAGAAACAAGAGUUCAGCAGACCAUGUCACUUCUUAUUCAUGAAUGUGUACAUGUAAAAUUACACAGCUUUUUAUCCAACACUACUUCAGUUGGUCAUGAUACUUGUCUGUAGCCCUUUCUAACCUUGGAUAUAGUAGCCGAUGAGCAAAGUGGUAGGUGCCCUUGAGCUUUGUUAUUAUUAUCAACGGGGCAACAAACUUGCCAUUUUUUAAUCCAGGUGGCAAUGACCAGUAAAGGUCCGGGAGACACUGCUCUAAAUAAAUAGGAGUUAAUUCCCCUUGGUUAUUAUAUUAAAAAAAGAAAUUUCAUGUACCAUGGAGUAUUUCUCAAAAAAAUUAAAUGUUCCUAAGUUUAAAAAAAUUGAAUUUUCAGUUCAAACUCAAAUCUUAGUGCAAAGUGUUAAUUAGCAAGAAUAAGUGAAGAUAUUGGGAAAAGACACAAUUAUAAUUUUAUUUUCUUCUUUUUUCAGUGAGUAUGUCAUUCGUAUAAUUGAGCCAAACUCGAUACUUCCAGAUUUUUUGGUAUGGCCCUUUGUUCUGGUAGUGGGCAUCUGUUUUAUGGUGGGAGUCGCCUAUAUGGUAAGUCUCUUUUAGUUAGUGGGAAGCAGAGGUAUAACUUCAACUGGUCAUGUGAAUCCUACUAACACAUAUUGUGCUAACACGUGCUGAAAAAUAAAGGGUUGGGUAAAAAUAAAUAUAACACAUAUGUGAAUCACGAAGCGCCAUCUAGUAACUGCAAACUGUGGUUAGUCUAGUGGGUUACGGGGGGUUAGCAAAUUUGAGGUUUUUUUGGGGGUUUUUUGCGUACAUAUUAUACAGAUGGCCCCUCCUUACAUUUCUUGACUGUGCUGUAGGACGUAAUUUUGUGGCAUAAUUAUUUCUUACGGCUGAACUGCAUUGAAUGCAGAAACAGAGAAAACUAGAGAAUGCAUUCUCAACUGUUCCAUGCUGCAACAUUUGAUUUUGAUAAAUUUUACAGGGUCGGAGAGGGCCUUUGAAAUCCAUUUUCAGAACGCAGAAAACACCUGGACGAUUUUUAAUACCCCAUCUGCCUUUCACCCAUUUACAGCUUGUGGUGGUUAUCAGAUUGUAAUAUGUUAACAGGAAAUAGGCAUAAUGGAUAUUGAUCAUUUAAUUUUUUUUAAACGGCUUUUUGCUUUAAAAAAUAUAUCUAAAGUUACAUGGAAGUUGUUUUUUUUAAUGACGUCCUUAUUUGUUAAUUAAUUAUUACUUCUUAUGUUAAUAAACUUUGUUUGAGCUGAUGUGACUUCAAGUUUGAACGUAGCAUGAGUAAAAAAAAAAACAUGUACCCACAUGACCUUUCUCCCCGUACAGUUAAAAAAUCAGUUAUAAACACUUUAAAAUCAAUAACUUUGUUCAAUCAAAAGAUAUUGAUUUCACUUUGCUAAUUUAAAUAAAGGAAUCUGUAUUAGUUCAGCCAGCGUAAUCAACCGAUAAGUUAAUAUCAAUUGUCUAUUUUGUCAUCCUUGGGAUUCAAAUAGAUCUCAAAAUCUCAUUUUUCUAGAUGCAUCAAUACAUAAUAAUUAUAUUUUGAGUUCUGAAAUGGAUUGGGCUUUAUUUUAAGCCCAAAAGUUUGAUUUCAAAUGGCCAGUUCUUUAGCCAUGCUUCAUCUACAUUUCUGAUUUGUAUUUAUUUUCAAAGACCUGGGUAUGUGUAAAAACCAUAUAUUCUAAUCAAGAAAAAGACUUUCUUUCUCAUUCUUAAACAUGUUAAAUAUUUUAACUUCCAAUUUUCAGAUUAUUAAAAUAUGCAGAGAUCAUAUUAAAAAGAAGGGUAGCCGUUUGUCAUCCAGGAACUUGAAAAAGAUUCCUGUUCGCAAGUUUAAAAAAGGUUUGGUUUUAAAUUUUUAUGCUCAUGUUAUUUAGUUAGGAAAUUGUUGAACAAGGUACAUUGAAGCUCGAAGUGAAAGAACGAGACGAUAAAAAGAGAACGUUUCAGCCGAAAGCCGUCUUCAGCAGACUAGACAUGACAAGAAACAACAAAGAAAGAGACAUGCUCCGAUGUUAUUUUUUUUUUGCCCUGGAUCCACAACAGCUUUUAUUUUGUUUUGUUGUGUUUUUUCUUUUCCCUUCCAGCUUCAAAAUUCUUUGUUCAACGAUUUCCUUCACUCAGCUUGAAGGCAUUCAUAUUAUCUCAUUUAGUUACCCAAAGUUGCUGGAUCUCUUGCAAAAUGGCAUAUUUUUAAUUGAAGAUAUCGUACAAAUAGAUGGCAUUUAUUUUUAAAGUAUAAUCAUGUUCUAUAAAGUAACUUUCAAAGUGUGACUCAUUCUGAUGAUUAAACAUACAGCUAGGUCUAAUUAAAAUGGGUGAUUUUUGUCUACAGGUGAUUACUAUGACACGUGUGCCAUCUGUCUUGAUGAAUAUGAAGAAGGGGAGAAAAUCAGAGUGCUUCCUUGUGAUCAUGGUAAUUUGGAAAAUAACUGUUUUUUUUAACCCCAUUUGAAGAAAUAUACAUUAAUGAUGAGGAUUACUUAAUUUCAUUCAAGCAUUUAAUUUGACAUUCAGCCUAUAUGUGGUAUGUUUGUACCGUAUUAAAAAAAAAAAAAAAAAGUAAAAGCAAUGCAUUUUUUUUAACACCAUUUUAAGAAAUAUACAUUAAUGAUGAGGAUUAAUUAAUUUUAUUAAAGAAUUUAAUUUGACAUUUAGCCUAUAUGUGGUAUGUUUGUACCGUAUUAAAAAAAAAAAAAAAAAGUAAAAGCAAUGCUUAUUGUAAAUAAUUUUGUAUAAAUUAGUCUCAGGUUUUAUGACCAGUAAAAGUACUUUACUAUGAAACAGAAGGAGAAAAUAACUUGAAAUUUUUCUCAUUUGACUGGGAAAAAAAACUAUUUUCACACUACUCAUGUAACCCUUCUGUCUCUCUGAUUAUGCCACAUAGUAUACCAUACUAAGUGCAUUGAUCCCUGGCUGACCAAGAACAAGAAGACCUGCCCAGUUUGUAAGCGCCGUGUCAUCCCAGGAAAAGAUGCAGACUCUGAGAGCUCAGAUUCAGAUGGUGGUGGCACUCCUGCCAGAGCUGAGAAUACCCCGCUUCUCCAAGGUAACACAGCCAGGCAGUAUGCUUAUCGCGGCACCACACGAUUUCCUCGGCGUGCCGGCACUUCUAACCAUGCAGCUGAUGAUGAUGAAGAGACACGCAAUGUCUCAGAAGAUGCUGGUUAGUAUUCAAAAGAAUUUAAAUGUCCUCACAUAUAGAGACUUGCUUCAUUUUUUUUUUGUAUAAAGUUAUAAAAAAUAAUAAAUAUGAUUAUCUUAUUCAAAUUAAUGUUCAAUGCUUAUUUUACAGUAAAAUAUUUGUUGUAAGAAUUUCCCCACCAUAAGUGUAUUGAUUUUAAUUAUUGAAUUUAAUGUAUUUUAUUAUCACAGGAAAUGUUGGUACCAGUUCAACUAUUCCAACUGACCACAGUGCAAUCACAAUUUCUGAUUCAGAACCAGACACUGGAGCUGUGGGUGGCAUUGGCAUUUCAGAUCAACAAUUCAACAAUCAAGAUCAACAGCGUAAAUCAUCUUCAAGUAGACGUAGCAAGCAUGAAUCUGCAAAUAAAGAGAAAAGAGAGAACAGGGCGGAGCGCAAAAGAAAAAGACCUGAUAAAGAAAGACUGAUCAGGCUGGCAGAUGAGAGGAAUGAAACUGAUACAGUUACUGGGGAUGAAGAAUUGGCAGCAGGAAUCUCCAUACAAGUUGAUGAGACGCGAGAGGAACGGAGAGAGCGAAGAAGGAAAAAGAAGGAACAAAAGAAAGCCAGUAAAAAGUCAAGUCAAACUAAGGAAACCCCCUCUCAUACCGCAGAGGAAGAAAUAGAAGCCGGGUCCAGAUCUCAACCUAAUGAGAUGGCAGAGCCACAGUCAAGUGUGGGAGAAGAGCAGGGUGCUCCUCCCAUGAGCAUUUCUGAUGGUCAGGAUGUGAGGUUACCCACCAGGGCAAGGAGGUUUGAACUCAAUGAAGUGGUCUGAUCACGAGUAGUUCAUAGUUCAAGCUAGUGAGCCUGCUUAACUUAGGUGCAUUUAUCUAAGUGACCUUUGUUUUUUAUUAGACCAUAAAUCUGAGUAGCUUUUCUCAGCAUCUGUAUCCCCUGGGCCAUUCUUGAAUGAUUAAGUAAAAUUUGGUUCAAGGGUGAAUGCAGGAUCAGAUGAGUAAGGAAUUACCAAGUCCCCCCUAGUAGCUGUUUCAAGGAAGUAUAAAUAGAGAUGAACUAUUUGAAACAUGAACUUAAGCUUGUAUCAUUGAGCUCCCAUGUAAUUUUUUCCCCUGGCCUGGAUCAACAAAAGCAUGUAUGUUAGUAUAUUUAGUUCAUAGUAUGUUUAUUUUAUUAUUCACAUUUUUGUGCGGAAUUGUUGUGACCUUCUUCUUAAAUCCAAGGAUUAAUCUGAGUAGUUCAGAUUCAGAGAGAAUAUUGUCUGAUAUGCCCUCUCCUGUGCUAGUGGUGUGGAAUUGUCCACUGUUACACCUUUUUCACAUUUUUUGAUGACCUCUCUAAAAAAUACAUUUUUUUUGUUCAAAACACAUUCUGCUUAUGUGUCACCAUCUAUUUUCACACUUAGUGACCUCUUUUUUUUGUUUUUUGUUAGUUAAAUGAUCUGCCAGUACAAUUAAAGCCAUUUUCAUAAAUAUGAUGACUGUGAUUUGUAAACAAUUGUAUAAUUUUAGGGAUAAACUGCUUUUAUUUUUAUUUAAUUUAUUGAUUGGAUUUUCUUCUAAAAUGCAAAGAAAAGCAAACCUAUCAAAUUCCUUGGAUUAAAGCUAAAGUUUGUUUUUUCCCUUGCCAUAUUUCACAACAUUAUCAAAUUUAACUCAUGUCUCGAUGGUUAAUUAUUUUCAACUUCCUUGCUAAAAAAUAGUGCUUGUUCAGGCCUUGUUUAGGGAGUUAGCAAAUUUAAGAGGAUCUGUACGAAAAUUUCUAUUGUGGCAUUAUAUUUUAGUAGCCUGUUCUGGGCCUAGCAUUGUUAUAAAUCAAAGAAAGGUUCAGUCAAAGAAAUUAUAAAAACUGUUUCAUGCUUACAACCUUUUCAUUAAUAAAUGAUUUUUAUCCUAGUUGUUUAAUGAGGUAUAAAAAUUAAUGUCCGUUUCUAAUUUUAUGAAAGCCUGUGAAUUUUUUUUUUUUGUAAAAAAAUUAAUGUCAGUAUUGACACUGCAGUUUCUUAAUUUACUGCCAUCGAUUAUUUGGUUCAAAAGAUAAUAUGAAAGCCCAUGAACAUUUUUUUUUUGUGGAUAAAAUAAUGAUAAAGGCUAGUUUUUCUAAUCAUUGGUAGAAUUAUUGAAUUGUACGACUUUCUUUGUUUUGGGG